AUGGCUGAAGCGGCGAGAAAUCAUGAGGCCCCUCCACCAUCCAUCGAGCCCACGACCACUCCAUCGCCGGUAGUUGAACAGCCGCCACCACCGGAGGACCCGAAUCCCGCCGAAUUUGCCCAGCCCCCACAAUUUGAGCCCACUACCACGCCGGCACCCGUUGAGGAGUUGGAGACGCCAAGCACGACGCCAGCUCCGGCUGUCCCGGAAGUGAAUCCAUUCGCCGAUCGUUCUCUGCCCCCUCCACCACCAUCUGGCCCUGGUUUCCUCGCCACAAGCAUCACCUCACUGGCUGGUGGUAUCCGAUCAUUGCCCGGAUUGAAUGGACUCUCUGAUGGAGGUAUCGGUAUUGCCAUCAACCUGACCAUCCUGGCGAUGACCGUUGUCUGGUGGCUGAUCAAUUCCGCGUUGGGAGGAUCCGAUUCUGUGAACUUUGAACGUCGUGCGGCCCACGAUUUGGCGAGUAAGGUGAAGGCCCUGCAGACAGUACUGAAGGAAAGAGAGGAAGAGCUGCGGCGACAUCAAAUCAACGGCGGACAGGAUCAACAGGCUGUUCAUCAACUUAGCGCCGAGCUGAACAAUCUGCGCCAUUUGGUUGGCCAGGCUGAGGAGGAGAAAAAGAGAAUGAGCGCGGAGCUGAAGCGAGAAUCUGAAGGCCGACAAACGGCUGAACAUCACUACGCCGCAGAACGCGAAGCCUUGGAAGCGAUGCGAGUCCGCGUGCAACAGCUCGAACACGUCGAACAGGCCCACCAGCAGUUGAACAACGAGUGCGAGGAGGUCACCCGCAAACUCAAUGCGCUCCACAAUGAUCUUAUCGAACUGCGCCACCAAAAGGAGCGCGUCGACGGGGAGCUGAACUUGGCGAAGACGCGGGCCGAGGAGCUAAGCUUCACCCUGGAGGAGAAGGAGAAAGAGCUGAAAGACAAGGAGAAUAUGGCAGACGAAUUGGAGGGAAGGACCGUCGGAUUGGAGAGUAUGAUUGUCGAUCUACAAGCACGGCUGGCUGAAGCGGAAACGAGACACGGAGAAGAUGCACAACAACAUCAGCAACAACAGGAGUCGACCGUCAAGCUCACCAAGGUCACCGAGGCACAAUCGGCUAGUAGCGUGUCGGAAAGCGGCGGCGGCUCGAAUGGAUGGUCGGACUUUGAUUGUUCGGAUGAUGAGAAGGAGAAGAAAGACAAAGAAAAGAAGGACAAACAAAAGGAAACGACACCGCCCACACAACAACACCAACAAGUACAGCAGAAGAUGACCAACGUCUCCACAGUGUCGGAUAUCCAAGAAGUGGCCAGGCUGAGGGGAGAGAUCCAUCGUCUCGAGUUGAAGAUCAAUUCUGCCGGACUUGAACUGGAGAGGGAGCAGGUGCAGAAGAAGGUUCUCGAGGAGCGCGUGAAAUCCCUGGACGAAGCCCUCAAACAGAAGAGCCUCGAACUCGACAAAUGCGAAAACGAACGCCGCCUAGCCCUGGAGCACCAAACGAAGCUUCUCGGCAUGUUCCAAUCGGCACAGACCAAAUCUUCCGACACUGAAAAUAUGGUGGCCGACCUUCGAAUCGACGCCCGCAAGCUGGAGGACGAGCUGCGGAAGGCUGAGGCCGAAAGGAGGGAGAAGGAGGUCGAGCUGAAGGCCGUGGAGGAAGAGCUGAGGAAGCUGAGGCAUGAUCAUGUCAAGCUCGAGACGAAACACUUUGCCCUCAACAGGGAACAUCGCAAUUUGAUGGAUCAGAAGGCCCUCGGCGCGAGCCCGUCCGAACUGCUCGCGGGUCUCGGCCCCUCCGGCCUUGACCGUCUUGGUGCUGGUUCCCGUGGUGGUGGUGGUCUGCUGUCUGGUCUUGGCUUCGAAUCUUCUGGAUGGGAUGAGCCUCCCCUCCCUCCUCCAUCUUCUCACAACAAUUCACAUCGUCUCGGCUCUUCCCCAGAUGAUUUUGAUCUUCUUCCAGAUGCCUCUUCCCAACAUCUCCGCCGUUCAUCUCGGUCUCGUCGUUCUGAGAGGAGGGAAUCUCCUUCCGAUGCUGAGAGGAGCCACCAUCCAAGGAGAAGCCAUCAGCCCGUCUAUCAGAAGGAGCCCACCUCGCCUGGCCACCGCCGUCGUUCCCGUUCGCAGGGCCGUCAUCCAUUCAUGCCAUACAACGAUCUGGCCCUUCUGAAUACAUCUACCACUUCGAGGGGAGGAGGCCCGCUUCUACCUGUCAGGCCGGGUUCUCAUACUGGGGGUGCUGUUGGAAUGAGUGGGCAUAUGUACUAUUCAUCUGGGGGAUCGAACUCUGGCAGAAGCCCUCCACCCGAAAUGAUCCAUCAGGCAAUCCCACCCGCUGGAUUGCACAAACCCAAGGGGACACGGGCUGUUGAUCUGAACGCUGCCUUCAAA